AUGCCUCGCUCAUUCCUAGUGGAUUCCCUCAUCCUGAGGGAAACCAACGACAAGAAGGAUGAGACCAGCUCUCCACUCUUCCCCUAUGCCAUGCAUCCUGCCAACCCUCUCCAUGGACUGUCUGCAGCCUCCUGCCACACCAGGAAAGCCGGUCUGUUGUGUGUCUGCUCCAUGUGCGUUACAGCAUCCCAGCUCCAUGUUCCUCCGCCAAGCAUCCCUCUCCUCAAGGCAUCCUUCUCUUCCUUCAGCUCUCAGUACUGUCCCACAGCCAUUGGAAGGCAACACACGGGAUCUUCAGCCCUAAACCUGGCCCAUGCUCCUGCCAUUUACCAGGCAUCCUACCCAGUUCCAGACCCAAGGCAGUUCCACUGCAUCUCAGUUGACAGCUCCUCCAGCCAGUUACCCAGCAGUAAACGGAUGCGGACAGCAUUCACCAGCACUCAGCUCCUGGAGCUGGAGAGAGAAUUUGCCUCCAACAUGUACUUGUCCAGACUCAGGCGCAUUGAGAUCGCCACUUACCUGAACCUCUCCGAAAAACAGGUGAAAAUCUGGUUCCAAAACAGGAGAGUAAAGCACAAGAAGGAAGGAAAGAGCAGCUCCCACAGGAGCAGUCCCCACAACUGCAAAUGUUCAUCUUUUCCCUCUACAAAGUGCCUGGAGGAUGAGGAGGAGGAUGACCUGAUCUUGUCGCCUUCAUCUUCAGAAAAGGAAGACAGAGACCUCUCUCCAAGCCCAUAA